UAAUAGAUAAGAGACUCAUGAAGCUCGGAUGUUUAUCGAUUGAUUUAUAGAUUUUCUAUAUUAUAUGUAUUCAUUUAAUCAAGAGAACCACUAUUAAUUUAAAACAAAAAUAUAGAAACAGAGUUGACGUGCAAUUGUUUCUUUUUUUUUACUGAAUAAUAACAAUAACAGAUAAAUAAUGUGUGUUAUGGUCGUUAAUUGUUAAAAUAGGACAUUAUUUUAUGAAUAUGUGAAAGGUCAUUGUCAAGUUAAAAUUGAGAAAAAAAAAACUUAUUUAAUAGAAACGAUUUCAAAAAUUCAAUUAUAAAUCGAAAAUUACUACUUUUUAUUACAAAAAAAAAAAAAAAUGAGGACGAAGUUACUAGUAUUCUUUUUAAUAAUUUGCGCAUUAACUGUUGUUAUUGAAAGUAGGCGUUAUCGAUAUGGAUAUCGAUAUCGAUAUCGCAAUAAUAAUCGUGGAAGAGGUUUUUUCUGGAAACUAAGACAUGGAUGGGGUUGGCGUUUUUGGAGAAAUCCUUUUUCAUAUAGAAAAAAAUCUAUUAGUACAAUUCCAUCAACAUCGAGUAUAAUGGGAAUAGGUUCAAAGGGUAUUAAAAAAAUACAAGAAAUAAAUCCAUUAAAUGGAAGUGAUUUAAAUGGUAUUCUUACAUUGGAUGGUAUUAAUAAUGGUGGAGUAAUGACAUUUAAUCCAUUGGCACUUACCAAAUUUCUCACAGAGCAAAUCAAUUAUUUUAAGGAUAAAAUUCUUUUUAUGUUUGAUGAUUUUGAAAAACCAUUUAAACUCAAAUUGGAAAUACCAGAUUUCAAUUUACUCAAUUUACGUCCAAAUUUAAAUGAAAAAGUUACUUUUUCAUUGUUUGACAAAACAAAUGGAAAUAAUAGUUUUGAUAUAUUGAAAGUUGAUGAUGAGAAUGAAUUGAAGAAAAGUCGUUUUGAUGCAAAUCGACCAACGGUUUUUAUAACUCAUGGAUUUAUGACAUCUGCCAAUGGUACAUCUGUAACACUUGUGAGAGACGCUUAUCUGAAAAAACGUGACUUUAAUGUCAUCACUGUCAAUUGGAGUCCUCUAUCAAUUGGAUCGUACACGAUAGCAAGGCUAAUGGUUAUAUCAGUUGGAAACCAUUUGGGAAAAUUGAUCAACUUUUUAUAUAAACAUGGAAUGAAUCCUAAUACGACAAUUUUAGUAGGUCAUUCUUUAGGAUCACAUGUCAUGGGAUUUGCUGGUCAAACAGCAACACCUAAUGUUAAUCAUACAAUAGGAUUGGAUCCAGCGUGGCCUCUUUUUGUUGGUCUUGCCAAUGGUCAAAGAAUAUCUGAUGAUGAUGCUCAUUAUGUGGAAAUAAUACAUACAAAUGGAGGUUUAUUGGGAACACCAACAGUGACUGGUGAUUAUGAUUUUUAUCCAAAUGGUGGAUCAUUUCAAAAUGGUUGCAGUGGUGAAUAUUUCACUGCAUGUUCACAUGGUCGUGCUUAUAAAUAUUUAGCCGAACAAAUUGAAGAAGAAGGUGAAAAUUUUGUUGCACUUGAAUGUGAAUCAUAUAAAAAAUUUAAAAAUGGCGAAUGUUUAAAUAAUAAUAAAAGUAGAGCAAUUAUGGGAGCAUUAGAUACGACAAAUGCAAAAAAAGGAUCCUAUUAUCUCAAUACAAAUGAAAAAAAACCAUUUGGUUUGGGUUUUAAUUUUCUCAGAGGUUGAUAGUGGAAAAUUUUUGAAUAAUUUGCUGAAAAAAAAAAAUAAAAAUAAAAUAAGGUUACAGUAA